CCGAAACGGCUCGCUCCGCGUGGCGUCUGCGUGGGGAGCGUUGCAGUUGCAGCAAGUGAGCGAGGUAGCGAGCGACAGGAAACAGCGAGAAUCCGAUAGGAGAAAAGGGAGAGAGCGAGAAAAAAAGGCUGGCCAGCUCGCUUGCAAAAGGCGCCGUUUUUAAAGCGGAAAGGGGGAAGGAGGCAAGAGAGCAGUCGUCCUCUGCAGCCGCUCGCCUCCUCUCUGCAACCUCCUUUCUGCCGCCAAAACAGAGAGAAAGAUUUCACCUCGGGAGACGGCUGCCUUUCUGCGCGUUCGUUCAUGCAAAUAGCCAGACUCCUCAUCUCCUGAUCUCUUCUUGUUUCCUUGCUGCGAGGGAGAAAGAAGAGGUAAGGUGGCUUUUGGGGCCGGAUAGAUUCCAUUCCUUGGGCGAGGGGGAGAAGUAGUGGAGAGUUAGCUCGCUAGGCCAGAUCAAAAGAAAGAAAGGCCACCGUUUCUUUCUCUGGAUUCUCUCCGCCUUUUGUCCCCUGUUCCUGCACCAGUGAGCUGAGUUGAGUUGAGUGAGUGAUUGAUUGUUCCUCUCUCUCCCUUCUUCUUCGCGAGUGUUCUUGGGGGCACAAAAGACCAACAAUCAGUCAUUCGGUUACUCGCUGGUCCUAUCCGGCCGUUCGUCGGUUGCUUGUUUGUUUCCGCGUUGAACCGAGGGAAAUUGAUUCUACUGGGCUUGUGCGAGUGGUGGACUGAAGUGGAGUGAGGUUUCUUGGGAGUUGGGAGCCGAAGAGGAAGAAGAUGGCAGCAGCGCCACCGCCCAAGGCCGACGAGCUGCAGCCGCACCCGCCCAAGGAGCAGCUGCCCGGCGUGUCCUUCUGCAUCACCAGCCCACCGCCAUGGCCCGAGGCCAUGAUACUGGGAUUUCAGCACUUCAUUGUCAUGCUGGGCACCACUGUCAUCAUACCGAGCGCACUUGUUCCUCAGAUGGGGGGCGGAAAUGAAGAGAAAGCCCGGGUAAUUCAGACGCUGUUGUUUGUGGCCGGCAUAAACACCUUGCUCCAAACGUUCUUCGGUACUCGCCUCCCUGUUGUGAUGGGUGGCUCGUACACUUUCGUCGCGCCAACCAUCUCAAUCAUCUUGGCUGGACGUUACAAUGAUGUGGCAGACCCUCGCGAGAAAUUCUUAAGGACCAUGAGGGGAACGCAAGGUGCUCUCAUCAUCGCAUCGACGAUUCAGAUCAUCCUUGGCUUCAGCGGUCUCUGGCGCAAUGUCGUUAAACUGCUUAGUCCAUUAUCUGCAGUUCCUCUUGUUUCACUAGUUGGAUUUGGGCUUUAUGAACUUGGUUUCCCAGCGGUAGGAAAGUGCGUGGAAGUUGGUCUUCCAGAACUCAUUCUAAUGGUUGUGUUUGCUGAGUAUUUACCUCAUGUGUUGAAUUCUGGAAAGGGCGUCUUUGGCCGGUUCUCUGUUCUUUUCACCGUUUCAAUUGUGUGGCUUUACGCAUACAUCCUCACCAUCAGUGGUGCCUACAAGAAUGUCAGGCCAAAGACGCAGGUGCAUUGCCGCGUCGAUCGUUCAGGGCUUAUCGGAGGAGCUGCAUGGAUAAGUGUUCCUUAUCCCUUUCAGUGGGGGGGUCCAACAUUUGAUGCUGGCGAAGCUUUUGCGAUGAUGAUGACUUCAUUUAUUGCUAUUGUAGAGUCUACUGGAGCCUUUAUUGCCGCUUCAAGGUAUGCAAGUGCAACGAUGAUACCGCCAACGAUCAUCAGUCGGGGAAUUGGCUGGCAGGGCAUUGGUAUCUUGCUUGAUUCAUUCUUUGGAACAGCCAAUGGAACCUCAGUUUCAGUGGAGAAUAUUGGUUUACUUGCCGUGACACAUGUUGGCAGCAGGAGAGUGGUGCAGAUAUCUGCUGGGUUCAUGAUUUUCUUCGCUGUCCUGGGAAAAUUUGGAGCCCUAUUCGCGUCCAUUCCGUUACCCAUAUUUGCUGGCAUGUACUGUAUUUUCUUCGCAUAUGUCGGUGCCUGUGGUAUUAGCUUCCUUCAGUUCUGCAACUUGAACAGCUUCAGGACCAAGUUCAUCUUGGGUUUCGCUUUCUUCAUGGGCAUCUCGGUUCCUCAGUACUUCAACGAGUACACCUCUGUUUCAGGCCAUGGUCCAGUGCACACCGGUGCCAGAUGGUUCAACGACAUGAUCAACGUGCCGUUCUCGAAUAAGCCCUUCGUCGCGGGGCUCGUGGCCUACUUCCUGGACAACACGAUGCACCUGCACCAGAGCGCGGUGAGGAAGGACCGAGGGUUCCACUGGUGGGACAAGUUCAGGAGCUUCAAGAAAGACGCAAGGAGCCAGGAGUUCUACUCGCUGCCCUUCAACCUGAACAAGUUCUUCCCUUCGGUCUGAUCCCGGCAUCUUCCCUUGUUCAUGCAUGGUCCUGCUGGCUUGAUCUGUCAAGUUUCUGGUGGUGCCGCUGUGCGUCAAUUUUGUGUAUUUAUGGGUGAAAUCGACUGAUAUGUUGGACCAGUGGGGACGCCAUGUUCGUUUUAGUUCUGCACGGAUCAAUGCCUCAUAAGUCAUAACCUGUUAGCUUCUCACUUCACCUGUCAAUCUGGCGAUGUACAUGUGCCUUUCCCACCCAGAAAAGAACACAGUAUCAGUAUGGUUGCCUAGUGCUAAUAUAUUUGUAGAAUUGUGAACAUUGUUUCA